UGGAAAGGUAGAAGGCCAGCCCAAUGGUGACACAAUCCCAGCUGAGCAAGCCAACCCUUCAGAUGACACUGUUGCUGGUGCUGGGAGUCGUCAGAAUGAUCAGAUAGUGCAGAAAAUAGAGGAAGUGCUCUCUGGAGCCCUUGAUACAGAGCUGCAGUGCAAAUCAGAUGUAGACAAAAAUACUGUGAAAAGUAGUAAUCAGUCUACAAAAAGAAGCUCUACUGCUGAAGAUGAAAUUCCUAGGAAAAAAUCAAAGAAGAACAAGAAACACAAAAGCAAGAAGAAGAAGAAAAAGAAGAAGAAAAGGAAGAAAGAGAAAAAACAUAAAAAGCAGCCAAAGGAGUCAAAGUUGAGUACACGUCAUGGAGAACCUGCAGACUCUAAGCCUGCUUCUCAGUUGAUGCCAGAGAAAUCAAGCUCCACAUUGAGUGUACAGCAUGGAGGAUUUGGAGAUGCAAAUCUGACUGUCCACAUACAGCCAGAACUGUGCUUAAAAGCAAGUGAGGAGCUUGAUAGACAGGCUUUAGGACUUGUUUCUCAUUCAGGAACUGAUUCUCAGCAAUCUACGGAAGAUCUUGGAAGUGAAAAGGGGACUUUGUGUGCAACAAAUCCUCCAUUUAAUUUAGAAGGCAGUCAGUCAGAAAAUGCAAGUAUAACUCAAACUAAAAUUUGCACUAGAGAAGAACAAAUUAAACAGUCUCACGAAAGUAUUUAUCCUAUAACUAUUAAUGUGAGUGAAAAGGGUGGUGGUGUUGAUACUGGAAAUGAUACUUUGUCUAGCAUCCCAUCUGGAGUUGCCAGUACAUCUGAAAUUCAGAAAGAUUCAGCAGCAACUCUAGCUUCAGAGGUAAUAGAAGCACUAAAAGGUUCGGAUGUUAUUCUGAAAUCUAAAGACACUGGGGAAAUAAAAGCUUUGGACACAGCUCUUGAGUCUGAGACCAUGGAGGUGUUGAAAUACUCAGAAGCAUCUCUACAAUCUGUGGCACAGGGGGGAGCAAAAGAGUUAGAAGCAACUUCAGAAUCUGUGUCUUUGGCAAGUUAUGUGACAACAGCGUCUAAAUCUGCAAAUCAGGUGGAUCUGAAUACUGUGAAGGUAGCUCACAUGUCUGUGACCGUGGAAGAAGUGAAAAUGCCAGAAGCAGCUGAAAAAUCUCUGCAUAUGGGAGAUGUGAAAAAUGUGGAAAGAUCUUUGGAAUUAGGGGGUGUGAGCAGAACUUUGGAGCCAGCCCUGAAGCCCUCAGUUAUAUCUGAUAAUUUGAGAGUGACGCAGUGCAGCUCCCUGGAGGGUUCAAGUGUCUUGAAGGCAGAUGUGUCUUUGCAACAUGCUUUUAAAAUACCUGCAGCAACUGCUGUGACCCAAGUGGAAAUAAAAAGUCCUAACAUACCCCUGGGACCAGGAGCUGUUACAAAAGUGAAGGAUAUUGAACCAGCUAGAAGACCUGCACAUAUGGAAACUGUGAAAACUUUGGAAGAAGCUCUGCAGCCAAUUGCUGUAGUAAAGCCCAAAACUUUGGAAACCAUCAUGGAACCUGUGGGUGCAAAAGAUAUCAAAGCAACUGGAGAAUGUCUGCAAGUUGAAGUAGUCAAAGAUGUGGAAGGUACCACUGAUCCUGCAACAGCGCUGAAUGCAUCAGGAGUGUUCCUACAACCUAAAGUCUUGACAGAAACAAGAAGUGUGGAUAGAACCCAGGAAUCUGCACUUCCAGCAGAAUUGACAGAUGUGAAUGUGGUUGCAGAGGCAAAACCUUCAAGAGCAACUUCAGAACCCAUAGUGGUUGUGCAGACCUGUGUUCCCCGAACAACUCCAGAAAUCCAGAUGGUGGAGGGUUUUAAAGGUCCACGGGCGACCAUGGAAGUUGCAGCACUAACAGGAGUAAAAGGUCAAGAAACAAGUCAAGCUACUCUGCAACUGGAAAAUACUAAUACUUCAAAAAUUUUGGGAUCCACUCUCAAGCAUGUAGCUGUAACAGAAGCAAAAGUUUCAGAAGGUAUUUUGUUACUGAGACAAUCAGAGGAGCUGAGAGAAUCAAGAUCUGAGAGUGAAUCAAAUGUGAGAGGUUUGGAAGCAACUCCCCUGUCUUUGCAGAAAGAAGACAUGAAAGGUCCGGGAGGCCUAAGACCAAUGACUGUGGUGGAAGCAAAAACUUUGAAAACAGCUUCACUGUCUUUGCAAAUGGAAGGUGUGAAAGCUUCAGAAGAAGCUGUGCGUUGUGGGACUGUGGCCAGAGGUUUAGCAGCGACACUAGAUUCAUCAGUGGUGUCAAAAGGUUCAGAAAUAAAUCUACAUAGUAUGGCAGGAGUAGAAGCAGGCUCAGAUGCUGGUCUCCUAGCUGCGAAAGUUGGAUCUGUGAGACCAGUGAAAAGUUUGGAAACAACUAUAGGACCUGUAGCAGAGACAGAAAGGAAAGGUUUAGAAGCAGACCGUGACAGAGCUGGGACAGAGGUGAAGACAUCUUCAUCACACCUGCACAUGAAAGGUGUGAGAGAUUUGAGAGAGCCAGCAUUUGUAGGUAUGGCAAAGAUACAAGCUUUGGAAGCAGUCUUGCAGUCUGGAACCCUUGCAGUGGCAAAGGGCUUGGGCGAAAAUGUGUGUUCUGAAACCCAAAUGGGUAGCAAAGUCUUGGAAGCAAGUCCAGGACUUCUUCCCUUAGAACAAAGGUCAGAAAGGACUCCAGAAUCUGUGGUUGCAUCUGUAAGCAUGGAACCAGUUAGAGAGGCUGAGGCAUUAGCAGGAAUUACGCAUUUGAAAACUACAGCAGAGAGAGAACCAAAACUUACAGAAACAGUUGCAGAGCCUCUUGGUGCAAGCAGAACAAAGAGUUCCAUCGUUUCACAGUCUCGGGUGAUGACACGUACAAGAACCUCACAAACUGAGCUGGUUGGGGAGAUAAAGGAUUCUGAACAAGCUACCAGUUCUGCCGGUGUAGAAGUGAGAGGUUUAGACAACUUGUUGGAAGUUGAGGCAGUUGCAGAGGUGAAAGAUGUGGAAGCGAGAUCAAAAACUUCACAUGUAACACAGAUGAAAAAUUUGGAAAUGAUUGUGGGAUCUGAAACAGCGACACCAAUGCAAGGCUUGGGAAGAACAUUGGCAUCUGGGGUUGUUAGAGAAUUGAGGCAUUCUGAAGUUGCUCCAGAAGAUCCAAACAAAGUGAAGGCAAGAAGCAAAGAAGCAAUACUAGAACCUGUGCAAACAGUGACGAUGCAAACUUUAGAACAAAUAGUAGGUCAUUCAGAAGCAGUAUUAGAAUCUUCGCCCAGAAUGGGAGAAAAAGCUACACCAUCAGAAAUACUGACAGAAGGGAGAAACUUGAAAGGAACUUUGGAAUCUAAGAUUUCGACAGAUGUGAGGACUCAGGGGCCUACUGUAGAAUAUAUAAUUGCAACAAGGAGGACAAGCACAAAAAAAAAUGAACCCUCACUUAUCAAUGUGAAAGAUUUGGAAGAAGCUUCAGAAACAGAGAAAACAAUGACAGCAAAAUAUUUGGAGCCAGCAUCAGAACCUAGAGAAGUGAGAUUGGUGGAAAGUAUUCAGGAGUCUGCAAUAGAGAUGAAAGCUUCUGAAGCAAUUGAAGAGCCUGAGGUACACAUGGAUAUCCAAGGUUUGGAAACUUCCCAAAAGUCUGGAAAUGUGGGAGAGAUGAAUGUUUUAGAGCAUGUUUCAGAAGCUGUUCCAGAAUCUUUGCACACUGAAAAGCAAGAACAUCUGCAAGCAGUUCUAGAAGCAAAACCUGCUGCAGAAUGGAGGAGUACAGAAGAGGCUCCAGAAAUCUUGAGUGCUGCUGAAAUGACAUCUUCUGAAGCAGUUCCGAAACCAGGGGACACAAAAGAUCUGGAAACAAUAGUGGAACGUGAAGUGGCAGCAGAAGUACAAUAUGCAGAAGGGGUGCAGGGUCAACAAAUGGAGGAUGUGAGAGUUCCUGGUCAAGCUCAGGAAUGCGAGAUACUGGUUGAGAAGAAAGAUGCAGAGAAACCUCAAGCAUCUGAGCCUUUUAUAGCAGAAACAGUUUUUAGUUCUUCACAUGCAGCAGAUGAACAAGAUUCAGCAGGGACUCUUGAAUCUGAAAUAGUCAAAGACACAAAACAGUUGGAAGCAGCUCCAGCUCAUGUGGCAGAAACAAAAGAUUUGGAAACAGCUCCUCUUCCUGAGGCUGUUCUAGAGCUGAAAGAUGCAGAAGCAGCUGUAGGGUUGGAGGCAGAGACAAAAGAUUCGGAAGCAGCUCUGGUACCCGAGACUGUUACAGAAGCAGUUCCAGUACUUGUGGCAGAGGCAAGCCAGUCGGAAGUCAUUCCACAGGCUGAGGCUGUCAAAGAAGCCACUCCGGAACAGGAGGCAGAGAAAAGAGAUUCAGAAACAUCGGAUGUGCAACCUGAUGUGGCAGCACGAAUGAGGGAGACUCUGAUGAGACUUGAGAAAGUUAUUGAAAAAAGUAGCCAUAGAAGCAGUGAUAAAAAACAUGAUGCAAAGAAACAAAAAAGGAGUCGCUCCAAGUCUCAGUCCAGGUCUAGGAAGCGGAAGAAAAAAUCAAGGUCACGUUCUACUUCCAGGCGUUUGGCCUCUAAAAGAGCACGUUCUAGGAGCAGAAACUAUUCAGAUUCCAGAAAAAAGCAUUCCAAAUCGAGAUCCCGAUCUGUGGAGAAGAGAGAGAGAAGAGUGUCUUCCCGGAGGUCUAGGCGCAGACGUUCCAGGUCGUCUGACCGUUACAGGUCUAAAUCCAGAUCAGCAGAAAAGAGAGGGAGCAGAUUGUCCUCUGGGAGGUCCAGACGUAGACGUUCCAGGUCAUCUGACCACUACAGGUCUAAAUCCAGAUCAGUGGAAAAGCGACUGUCCUCCCGAAGGUCCAGACGUAGACGUUCCAGGUCUUCUGACCGCUACAGAUCUAAGUCCAGGUCAGUGGAAAAGGGACUGUCCUCUCGAAGGUCUGGGCGCAGACGUUCUAGGUCUUCUGACCGCUACAGGUCGAAGUCCAGGUCAGUGGAAAAGCGACUGUCCUCUCGAAGGUCCGGGCGCAGACGUUCCAGGUCUUCUGACCGCUACAGGUCAAAGUCCAGGUCAGUGGAAAAGCGACUGUCUUCUCGAAGAUCUGGGCGCAGACGUUCCAGGUCCUCUGACCGCUACAGGUCUAAAUCACGGUCGGUGGAAAAGCGACUGUCUUCUCGAAGGUCAGGGCGCAGACGUUCCAGGUCUUCUGACCGCUACAGGUCUAAAUCACGGUCAGUGGAAAAGAGGGGGAGCAGGUUGUCCUCCUGGAGAUCCCGCCGCAGACGUUCAAGGUCAUCUGACCAUUCUAAAUCUAGAUCCAGGUCUUCAGAAAAGAGAGGGGGCAAAGAAUACUCAUGGAGGUUCAGACAUAGAGGGUCUGGUUCCUCUGAUCGUUCGAAAUCUAGGUCAAGAUCUGUUGAGAAGAGAGGUCGGAAGGCAUCUCUACGGAGGUCUAAACGUCAACGCUCAAAGUCCUCUGACCGUUACAAGUCUAGAUCCAGAUCAGUAGAAAAAAGAGAUCGAAAGCAAUCAUCACGGAAGUCUAAACGUCAGCGCUCAAAGUCCUCUGACCGUUACAAAUCUAGAUCCAAAUCAGUGGAAAAAAAGAAGGAGUCCUCACGAAAAUCUAAGCGUCGCCGCUCAAAAUCUUCUGAACGUUACAAGUCUAGGUCUAGGUCUGUUGAAAAAAAGCGCAAGGAAUCUUCAAAAAAAUCCAAACGGAAACGUUCUAAGUCCUCUGAUAGUGUUAAGUCAAGGUCCAAAUCUACAGAAAAAAGAGAGAGUAAGUUAUCUUCAGUAAAGUCUAGUAGCAAGCGUGUGGAGUCUUCUGAACUUCAGGAUUCAACCAAGUGUCAAGUUCUGGAACCACCUUUUCCAAGUGAAGGCAGCUCUUCUAAAUCCUCUAAUGGUCCCAUGUCAGUAGCUUUGUCUGUUGAAAGAGUAAAUGGGCCAGAGCUGCCGCCAGCAUCUGAAAGCGAAUUUUCCAAAACUUUUGAUAGUCUUGAGAAAAGGUCCUCAUCUGUUGAAAAAACAUCGAGUCUGCAGCCUUCUGUGAUGACUGAAUUGAAUAGCUCCAAAACCCCAGAUGACCAGGAAAUGCCUGUGGAAAAAACAAAUGAUUCAGAGCUCUUUGUGACAUCUGAAAAUGGAUCAGCUGAAAAAGCAGUGACUCUGGAGUCUUCAUCACUACCUGAACUUACAUACUGCACAUCCAAGUCGAGAUCCUCAUCUGUUGAAAAAAGGGGAGAUCCGGAAACUUCUUUGGUAACAGAAUUUCAGGUCUCUGCAUCCCAUGAAGAUGAGUUGAGAUCUACCUCUCUCAAAGAAAUAGAGGGUCCAGAGCCUCUUCUGACACUUGAAAGUGGAUGCUCUGUAUCUUCUGAUGAUUGCAAGACAAUCUCUUCGUCCUCUGCAAAAACAGAGGUUCAGGAGUCUUCUCUGAUGUCUGGAAAUGUACUCUCUGACUUGUCUCAUAGUCAUGAAUUGAGACAUAUCCCCAUUGAAAAAACAGAGCUUCAGAACUUUUUGCAAGUACCUGAAAGUGAAUCUUCCAAGUUGGCUGAUGGUCCUGAGUCAAGGUCACUAUCUUUUGAAAAUGUAGAGGCUCAAAAAUCUCUUCUAGCACCUGAAGUUACGUGCUCUGCGUUCUCUGAUGUCUGUGAGUCAGCCUCCUUGCCUAUUGAAAAGGGCCAGAUGCAGGAGCCUUCUUUGGCUUCUGACAGUGGAUGUUUCAGGUCUCCGGAUGGACAUGAAUCAAGAUCCAGCUUUGCCGCACAAAUAGAGGAGCUUCCGUUGAUGUCUGAAGGUGGGUCCUUCAAGUCACCUGAUGGAAAUGAACAAAGUUCUUUAUCUGUCGAAAAAGCCAAGGGUGUAAAUAAUUCCCUGACAUCUGAUUGUGGUCCUGUUGGGAUCUCAGAUGACCUCGUUUCAGUGCCAUCUUUUGAAAAAAUGCAGGAAGUUGUGCUGACAACUGUAGGACAAAGCUGCAAGUCUUCUGAAGUUCAUGAAUCCAGGUCAUCUGUUGACAAAGAUUUACAUGGUCCGACACUUUCACAAGUGCUUGAUAUUGACUGCUCUGAAUCUUCUGAAAUGCAUGAAUCAAGAUACCUGCCUGCUGGAAAAACAGAGAGUACAGGAUGUGUCUUGAUGUCUAAAAGUGGAAUUCCUGUGUGCCAUGAUGGCCAUAAAUCAAAACACAAUUACUUGGAGAAGACAGAAGGUGCAGAACUGUUGUUGGGAUCUGAGCCUAGGUGUUCUGUCUUCCCUGAAGGCUGUGAAUUGACAUCCACUGCAGUGGAAAAAAUGGAGAUACAGAAGCCUCCUCUCCCCCUAGAAAGUGGGUUCUCCAAGUCUGCUGAUAUUUGUGAAUCAGUAAGCACACCUACUGGAAAACUACAGGCCCCAGUGAUUUCUCUGGCAUCUGAAGGUACGCUUUUCCUGCCUGACAGUCAUGAAUUGAGACCUGUCCCUGCUGAAAAAGUUGAGCUGCGAAUGUCAUCUGAACUGAAAUGCAUUGCAUCCCCUGAUGGCCACAAGCUGAUAUCUGCCUAUGAUGAAGAAAUACAGGUGCAGGAGCCAGCUCUGUUACUGGAAAGCAGGUGUUCUGUUUCCUCUGACGGUCAUGAUUUGACAUCCACCUGUUUUGAAAAAGUUGAGGUAGAGGAGCCUUCUCAAACGUCUGAAAAUGAAUACACAAUACGGCUUGAUGGCCCAGAGUUGACAUCAACCCCUGCCGAAAAAACAGAGAUGCGGGUACUUCAUCGGAUGUCUGAAGAAAGAUGUUCAGUGUCCAUUGAGAGCCAGGAGUUGCAGUCACCCACUGUUAAAAAGAUAGAAGUGCAAGAACCUGCUCUGACAUCUGAAAAUGAAUAUACUAUAUCUUGGGAGGGGCAGGAGUUGAGAGCUAGCUCUCCUGAAAAGGUGGAGAUGCAGGAGGCGUCUGUAGUACCUGACAAUGAAUAUGCUGUGUCUUCUGAAGAUCAUGAAUUGCUUUAUUCCUUUGCUGAAAAAACAGAUGUACAGGAGUGUUCUCUGCUAUCUGAAAAUGAAUACGCUGUAUCUCCUGAGGGCCAGGAGAUGACAGCCAGCCCUGCUGAAAAAGAGGUGCAGGAGCCUUCUCUGGCAUCUGACAGUGAAUAUACCAUCUUCCCUGAAGGCCAAGGAUUACAGUCUACCGUUGCUGAAAAAACAGUGGUGCAGGAGCCUUCACUAAUAUCAGACAGUCAAUAUGCUGCAUCCCCAGAAGGGCAGGAGUUGCUUUCUACCCUUACUGAAAAAACAGAGGUGCAGGAAUGUUCUUUGCUGUCUGAAAAUGAAUAUGACGUGUCCCCGGAAGGCCAUGACUUGAGAUCCAGUCCUGUUGAAAAAGAAGAAAUAGAGGAACCUUCUGAAACAUCUGAAAGUGAAAGUUCAAUGUCUACUGAUAGCCAGGAGCUGCAAUCUACUGUUGUUGGAAAGACAGAGGCACAGGAGUUGUCUCUGUCUGAAGGUGAAUGUGCCAUGUCCCCGGAAGGUCAGGAGCUGCAGUCUAGCCCUGCUGAAAAAGUAGAGGCUAAGGAACCUUCUCUGACAUCUGAAAAUGAACAUGUUCUGUCCCCUGAAGAAUAUGAAUCAAGAUUGACUCAUGCUGAGAAAACAGAGGAUAUGGAUUCUUCUUUGACAUCUGAAAAUGACCAUCUUCUGUCUUUCGAGAGCCAGGAGGUAAGAUUCACUCCUGUUCAAAAAGCAGAUGUGCGGGAGCUUUCUCCAACACCCGAAAAUGAACAUGCAGCAUCCGCCGAUGGCCAGGAGUUGACAUUACCCUCUGCUGGAAAAGGAGGCAGUGUUGAACAUUUGACGCUAAAUGCUAGAGCCUCAAUGUCCCCUGAUGACAGUGACUUGACAUCCAUCCCUGUUGAAAAAAUGGAUGAUGCAAUGCCUUCUUUAAUGCCUGAAAGUGGGUGCUCCAUGUCCCCUGAUGGCUACAGUGUGAAAUCUGGCCCUGGUGAAGAAACAGGGGAUCUAGAGCCCUCUUUGAUACCUGAACGUAGACAUUCCACAUCUUCGUAUCAGGAAGUUCAUGAGCUGAAAUCUCCUGUGGAGGAAGAGGGUCUAGAGUCCUCUUUGAUCUCUGAACAUAGACGAUCUGUGUCCCCUGAGGGCCAUGACCAGAAAUCUGUAGAUGAAGAAAUGGAUGAUUUGGAGCCCUCUUUGACAUCUGAACAUAGGCGCUCUACAUCCCCUGAUGAGCAUGAGUCAAGAUCUAGCAUUGGUGAAGAAGCAGAGUAUCUGGAGCAGCCUUUGGCAACAGAACGUAGAUGCUCUGUGUCUUCUGAUGACCAUGAGUCAAGGUCUACCACUGGAGAAGAGGCAGAGGAUGCAGAACCCUCCUUGACAGCUGAACGUAGAGACUCCACAUCCUCAGAUGAGCAUGAGUCGAGGUCUACCACUGGUGAAGAUGUAGAAGAUGGAGAGCCCUCUUUGACAGCUGAACGUAGACACUCCACGUCCUCUGAUGACCGUGAGUCAAGGUCUACAACUGGUGAAGAAAUAGAGGAUUUGGAACCUUUGGCAGCUGAACAUAGGCGCUCCAUGUCUCCUGAUGGACGUGAGUCAAGGUCAACCACUGGUGAAGAAGCAGAGGACCGGGAGCUCUCUUUGACAGCUGAACGUAGACACUCCACAUCCUCAGAUGAACAUGAGUCGAGGUCUACUGCUGGUGAAGAUGCAGAGGAUAUGGAACCCUCCUUAACAGCUGAACGAAGAGAUUCCACGUCAUCGGAUGAGCAUGAGUCAAGGUCUACCGCUGGUGAAGAUGCCGAGGAUGUGGAACCUUCUUUGACAACUGAACACAGACGUUCCACAUCCCCUGAUGGGCGUGAGUCGAGUUCUACCACUGGUGAAGAAGUAGAUGAUGUGGAGCCGUCCUUGACAGCUGAACGAAGAGACUCCACAUCAUCAGAUGAGCAUGAGUCAAGGUCUACCACCGGUGAAGAGGGUGAGGAUGUGGAGCCUUCUUUGGCAGAUGAAGAUAGACAGGAUUCUAUGCCUCUUGAGAGGCUGGAGGAACAGGACUCUUCCUUUAUACCUGAAAGUAGGCGGUCUGAGUCUUCUGAACGUGAAAAAUCUAGAUCCAAAUCUGUUGAUAAAAUAUCUGACAAAGAGUCUUCACGAAGAUCUAUAAGCAGACGCUCAAAAUCUCCUACUCGCCAAAAGAGUCGAUCCACAUCUGUUGAAAAAGUGGCAGACAAAGAGUCUUCACGGAGAUCUAGACGUAGACGUUCCAGAUCUGCUGCUCGCCAGAAGAGUAGAUCCACAUCUGUUGAAAAAACAGCAGACAAAGAAUCUUCACGGAGGUCUAGACGUAGGCGCUCCAGGUCAACUGCUCACCAAAGGAGUCGAUCAACAUCUGUUGAAAAAGCAGCAGACAAAGAGUCUUCACGGAGGUCUAGACGUAGGCGCUCCAGGUCCACUGCUCACCAAAGGAGUCAAUCCAAAUCUGUUGAAAAAACAGCAGACAAAGAAUCUUCACGGAGGUCUAGAAGCAGACGCUCCAGGUCAUCUCAGCGCAGAUCCCAGAGAUAUGAUACAGACUCUCGCUCUAGAAGGAAUCGCUCCAGAUCAGUAACACGGAGAAGAGCAUCAAGAUCAAAAUCUAAUCGUCGCUCUCGGUCUAGCUCAUUGUCGCGUUCAAGGCACAGAAGGAGGAGUAGGUCAAGGUCAGCAUCAAGAAGACGGCGCUCUUUAUCAAGAGACAGGCGUAAGAGAUCUCAGAGAAAUAGAUCAAGAUCUACUGACAGAAGAAGGAGGAGAUCAGAUUCAAGAGAUCGUAGAAUAUCGCUCAGAUUACGAAGCAGGAGUCGAACGCCUAUUCGUCAAAGACGAUCAAGGUCAAGAGGAAGAAGACGAAGCUCUAGUAGGUCACCAAUUCGACUACGACGAUCAAGAUCUUCAGGGAGAAGAAGAUACAGUAGAUCACCUGAUCGUCGUAGAUCGAGGUCGUCGGAACGAUUUUCAAGCAGGUCACCUAAACGUCUUACAGACUUAGACAAGGCCCAGCUACUUGAGAUAGCCAAAGCUAAUGCGGCCGCCAUGUGUGCUAAGUCUGGUGUUCCCUUACCACCAAGCCUGAUGCCUUUGUUAUCUCAAAAGAAAGACGACAAAGCAAAUCAGAAGUCAUCAAGAGACACACUAAAGGAGCUCACUGAGAAAUGCAAGAAGAUUGCUCAAAGCACAGAUGAUGUGAUAGUGAACAAACCUCAUGUUUCUGAUGAAGAGGAGGAAGAACGUCCUUUCUAUAAUCAUCCUUUUAAGCUCAGUGAACCCAAACCUAUUUUCUUCAAUUUAAGUACUCCCAGCAUAAAACCAGCACCACCACCGCAACCAAAAAAUCAGGUCAGCCUGUCAAAGGAAUUUCCUGUUUCAUCUGGCUCUCAACAUAGGAAAAAAGAAGCAGAUAGUGUCUAUGGAGAAUGGGUUCCAGUUGAAAAAGGCAAAGAAGAAAGCAAGGAUGAUGUUUUCCCCAAACCAUCCAUUGAGGGUGUGGACAUAACUACAGCUAUGAAUGAUCGAGCACUGGCUCAGAAACGACUUAAUGAAAACACAUUUGAUUUAGAGGCCAUGUGCAUGUUAAAUCGUGCACAGGAACAGAUUGACGCCUGGGCUCAAUCAAACUCCAUACCUGGCCAGUUCACAGGAAGUACUGGAGCACAGAUACUGUCCUCUGAUGAGCUGACCAACAGUGGUCCGCAAGCAUGGAUUAGAAAGGAUCAGUUCUUAAGAGCAGCCCCUGUAACUGGAGGAAUGGGAGCUCAACUGAUGAGAAAAAUGGGCUGGAGAGAAGGAGAAGGGCUUGGCAAAAACAAAGAAGGCAGCGUUGAGCCGAUUAUGGUCGAUUUUAAGACAGAUCGAAAAGGGCUUGUUGCUGUGGGAGAGAAGGCACAAAAGAGAUCUGGACAUUAUGUUGUGAUGAAGGAUCUUUCAGGUAAACAUCCAGUUUCUGCGUUGAUGGAGAUCUGUAACAAACGAAGAUGGUCACCACCUGAAUUUGUGUUGGUAGAUGAUAGUGGGCCUGAUCAUCGCAAACAUUUUAUCUUUAAGGUGAGAGUCAACGGAAACGAAUAUAGGCCUACUUUUGCCAGCCUUAAUAAGAAGCAUGCUAAAGCCACAGCAGCAACUGCGGCUCUCCAAGCGAUGGGACUUGUACCAAAGGAAAGCAUGGUUAAUACCACCAUGUUUAGGAGUGCCUCACACCGCUAGAUAUUGUUUUUUAUAUUGACAUUAUUUCAGAUAAUUUUACUCUGCACAAAAAUGGUAUUUGCCCUUUCAUGUUGUAAAUACAUUGGCAAUUCCCACGUUGUAAAAACUGUACAGACACCUUCAGGUUUUUCUUUUGUACCAUCAAAAUGUAUUUAAAUCAUACUUAGUUUUUGGUAUGUUUAUAUUGUUUACAUUAGUGAUGUAAUUAUUUCUUAAAUGACUAAAUCGGACGACAGACUCUGGAGGCAUCAGUAAUCUAAACCCUUGUUUUAAAACUCAUGCAAUUUCUCUUCAAUAUGGAAUGUUAACACUUUCAUACCGUUUUGUACAAUGCUGCAGUUUUCCCCGGUCUCGGUAAAGCUACUCGUGCGCUUUUGCCGACAGCUGGUAAAAGGUCGUGCGGUUUCCCUUAGCCUGGUCGAGGCUGGCGCGUACUGCUGGACAGAUACCGGGCCAGCGCCGUGACCCCUGCGAGCCAGCGCGCGGUGGUAGCCCUGUUGUACAGAGUUAACGCCGUGGCUUCUCUUUAGAGUUUGGUUUGGGGGUUUCGCUCGGUGACGCGCUGCGACUGGCCACGCAGCCCGUGCUCUAGGACGUACGUGAUGAGGCAGAAGCUUUGCUUUCACAGGGAUGGCAGAAAGUCCAGCAAUGGAAUCGAUGAGACUUGCAAUGUAAAGGUGACUCUCCCUGCAUGUUCUAAGAAGGGAGAUGAUGGAGUUGUCUAUUCCAAACCAAUUAACACACUGCCUGAUGUUGAUUGUAUGAUUUGUGGUUAAUGUGAAUUUUAAACUCUAACAAAUCUACAACUGGAUUCAGGGGGGGAGGGAGGGGAUAGAAUGAUGCUUAAAUUGUUGUACCCAACUUGGUCAAUAAAGCAGCACAAGUUCAUAAUCUUAA